GAAAGCAUCUGCUGUAUGUGUGCAACAACCGAGACACAAACUUCACAUUUGGAAAAGCAAAAAAAACAAAAACAACAAAAAACGCAUUGUUAUCAGCAGAGGCUGCACCCUGGCACUGAUGGGAGUCCAGAGGAGUUUCCACCGGGUCGGUGAUUUGGUGCAAUGCGAACACUUAAAUCGUUCAUUGUGCACGCUGUCAGAUAGAUAGGCGGGGAGCAGCAACCUCCCACUCCUCCUAUUGCUAUAACAACCACAGGGCGGUCGGUCGGUCGGUGUGACUCGAUGGCUCAGAAGCAGCAGCAGCAGCAGCAGCAGCUCGGAUGCAACUGUGCAAGUGUCAUCCUCCUGCAAGAAGACCGACCUGAGCUCACCGCAUCGCCGCUUGAUACUGACUGAAACCCGCCCGGUGAGGAGGAGGAAGAAGAAGAAGAGGAGGAGGAGGAGAAGAGGGAGGAGGAGGAGAGCCUGUGUUUCCCCGUCACAGUGAUCUGAACAGUGGGGAAGCUCAGUGUCGGGAUCCGCUGUACGUCAAACAGAUUAGUUAAAUAACCUCUCUCGGGGUAGGACAUACCUCCCCCCCUCUUUCUUGGGCUUGCCUGGCUGCAUGCAUGAGGCUGAGGAAGCAGCACAGUCAGCGCUGACACACCAAGCCAGGAAGCCAAAAAACAGAAGUGCACUUUUCUUUUCUUUUUUCUGUUUUUUUUUCUUCUCUUUGUUGUUGUUGUUGUUGUUUUUGGGCUGUGGUGGUGGUGAUCCUCCUCCUCCUCCUCCAGCAGCUUCUUCUUUUUCUUCUCCUUCUUCUUCUUCACCCCAUCUCCAAUCCAACCAACCCCAACCUCCUCCUCCUCUUCCACCUCCUGCUUGGUGCGAAAUGGCGAAAGAAAACGGCGAGUCCAGCGAUGGAUCUUGGAAAAAGCAUGUCGAUGAUAUCAAGAAGAUCUUUGACUUCAAGGAAGUCCUUGGGACAGGCGCGUUCUCUGAAGUUGUGAUGGCUCGGGAGAAGGCCACGGGAAAGAUGGUCGCAAUCAAGUGCAUCCCGAAAAAAGCGCUUAAGGGGAAGGAGACGAGCAUCGAAAAUGAAAUCGCAGUGCUCAGGAGGGUAAAACAUGAGAACAUCGUGGCUCUGGAGGACAUCUACGAGAGUUCAAACCACCUGUACCUCAUCAUGCAGCUGGUGUCUGGAGGAGAGCUGUUCGACCGCAUCGUAGAGAAGGGCUUCUACACCGAGAUGGACGCCAGUCGACUCAUUCGACAGGUUCUGGAUGCGGUGAACUAUCUGCACUCCAUGGGGAUAGUGCACAGAGACCUAAAGCCCGAGAACCUGCUCUACUUCAGUCCUCAUGAUGAAUCGAAGAUCAUGAUCAGUGACUUCGGCUUGUCAAAGAUGGAGGGAACAGGCGAUGUGAUGGCCACUGCCUGUGGGACUCCAGGAUACGUUGCUCCUGAGGUUUUAGCCCAGAAGCCCUACAGUAAAGCUGUGGACUGCUGGUCUAUCGGGGUCAUCGCUUAUAUUCUGCUUUGCGGUUACCCUCCUUUCUAUGACGAGAAUGAUUCGAAGCUCUUUGAGCAGAUUCUCAAGGCAGACUAUGAGUUCGACGCACCUUAUUGGGAUGACAUAUCAGACUCAGCCAAAGACUUCAUCAGCAGCCUAAUGGAGAAGGAUCCAGAGAAGAGAUUCACAUGUGACCAGGCUCUUGAGCACCCUUGGAUUGCUGGAGACACCGCCCUCUGCAAGAACAUACACGAAUCAGUCAGUCGACAAAUGCGGAAAAACUUUGCCAAAAGCAAAUGGAGGCAAGCCUUCAACGCGACUGCUGUCAUCCGCCACAUGAGGCGCCUGCAGCUGGGCACCAGCUUUGGCAGCAGCAUUCACAACACGAACUCAGUGUCCAACCCUCAGAGCCGAGCUCCAGCCAAGAGCCAGUCUGUGGACUGUGCCCCGCUUUCCCUGAAGGACUGCCCUCCAAUAGCUCCCUUGCCCUCUGCUGUGUACAAUCAGGACUCUGACGCCCCCUCUGUGGUAUGUGAGGAACCGUCAGUAGUCGCCGAGCCACCGCGGCCACGACCCUCCACGGUUACCGUCAUCCACACUGGGACUAAAUGACGCCAGGUUCCGCGGGAGGUGAGCUGGGAGACCACAGAGCUUUGAGACGGGAUAAAACCAUCCCAAGCCUUGUGAUUCGACGUCGUUACCCAGUUUGCCCAUCCCGCAACCUCCCAUCUGUUUCUGCCAAACCACGGGAGGAAAUUGAGGAGCGUUGGCUCAGCUCCAUUUACCAUGGCUCAGCAUGGCACCGCACUGCUUCCCUUCCCACUGUCAUACAGAUCUGGAAGUACAGAGGGGAAGAUGCUCACCAGAAGUUGUCAUUGUGGAAGCCAUUUUUCAGCCUGGAUCACGGUUGUCUGGCAGACAAACAAGCAGCUGGUCUGGGAAGUGCCACACUAAAGGGAACUCUUUAUCGAAGCUGCUAUUGUUUUGUUUUUUUUGACUGUGAGCGUCUCGAGACGAGAACGCUCCGCUGUAUGCCUUGUGUAAAUAUCCUGCCUGGAACUGUUGAGUGGAGUCAUGUUAUGCAAGUGAAAUAUAAGCUUCAAACUGUGGUGAAUAAUUGUGACUUCAUCUGCACUCUGAACUUCUUGGCGUUUUGACAGCUCUUGUUAAUUUACUGUGGUAUUUGCUGCAAUGGCUCGCAGGGUACUAACUCCCAACAGUGUGACAGUAUGUGUGUUAUCUCUUCGCUUUAAAGUGUGUGGACAUGAAAUACGAGCAGGACGGUGUGCUUCAAUCACGGCUGUGAUCGCUGAGUGGGCCGGUGCAUUGCACUAAUGUAUUGGAUUAUUUAUUUUCUUACAAUAUAUUCUGACUGUGUUUUUUUUUUUUUUUUUUGUAAGAAUACCACUUGCGGAAACCUGUAAAUGUGUUAUUAGAUUCCACUGAAAAGUUCUUGAAUUGACCGAUAAAGACACAGUAUCUAAUAGUCGUCACUUUGUAAUUGCUGUUUUUGAUUUGAUUAAUUAAUUUCGAUGUGACUGUGAAGUCCUCCUUGACCACAGGAGGGCAACCACGUGUUGUUGCUGUGUGACCAGCUCUCAGGGAUGUGUUCCAACAUGAAACCAAACCCCCUCUGUCAUCAGAGUAAUCAGACGCUGCUGAGGGUGAUGGUGAAAACAGUUGAAAGGUAAAACUUCCAAAUACUGCAUAUUAUUCUAAUGUGCCAUUGGGAGAUGCUUUCCUUCUUUGAAUCCUUUAAAUCAGUAUUGACUGUAUAAGUGUGAUUGAAUUAUAUUUGGAUUUGUGCGCAUUCAUGUAAAAAAAAAUGUAAAAAUGACAAAUGAAUGCACGAUUGCUCCCCAUUGCAGAAUCGUCAAUUCGGUAGUGUACAGUUCAGUAGUUGUAUUAUCGUGCUCUGCUUCCGCUCAUGAAGUGGCUGGUCUGAAUACAGCUCACUCACUCGCUCACUCACUCACUCACUCACUCACUCUGUGUUUAAUCACUGUGCUUUCAUACCAGCCUGUUGAAUUUAGCAGAAAGACUCUUUCUCCUUCUCUCUCCCACUUGCUCUCUAGAGAACUUCACACAGAGAAGAGAAGGGAUCUGUCUUUGUAUUUUCUCUGUCAUACCUAACUAUUUGAUUUUCAAUCAGUCAACAUGAACAGUUAAAAAAAAAAAAAAAACCUACACUCCAUCAGAACAUAACCUACAUCGAAGGCAUCCUGAAUUAUCUAAAAAUGUUAUGGUGAAUAUUGACUUACUGUAAAUACAAACCUCAACAACA